GCGGGCGAACAUGUGCAGCACUCUGAGCACAAAGCUUUGGCGCACACACACUGCACUCCUCAACUCUACUGCUAUUUGUUUUAACUGUGGCUUUGUUUGGUGUGCGCGUGCGUCUGUGUCUGUGUGCGCGUGUUGUGUGUAGUCUGAGAAGCAUGUCGAAGAGAGCGAAGAAAAACCAGGAGGCUUCUGCAGAAGCAGGAAACGACAACGGUACAGAACCACCAGCAAAGAAAGGAAAGAAGGCGAAGGAACCCGAAGCCCCAGUGUUGUAUGAAGACCCUCCAGAUAAACUAACCAGCAAGGAUGGCCGUGCAGCCAACACCAAGAUAACCUCUUGGAAUGUAGAUGGCCUGCGUGCCUGGGUUAAGAAGAAGGGGCUUGAUUGGGUGCGUCAGGAGGCUCCAGAUGUGCUUUGUCUUCAGGAGACUAAGUGUGCUGAGAAGGCUUUACCAGCAGAAAUCACCUCUAUGCCCGAGUAUCCAUAUAAGUACUGGGCAGGCUCAGAAGAUAAAGAAGGUUACAGUGGAGUGGCCAUGCUCUGCAAGACCGAGCCUCUUAAAGUCACGUAUGGCAUUGGUAAAGAGGAGCAUGAUAAAGAGGGCCGUGUGAUCACUGCAGAGUUCGCUUCCUACUUCCUGGUUACUGCAUACGUGCCCAAUGCCAGCCGUGGCCUGGUUCGCCUCGACUACCGCAAAACAUGGGAUGUAGAUUUCCGUGAAUAUCUGAGCAACCUGGACAAAAGCAAGCCCUUGGUGCUGUGUGGUGACCUAAAUGUGGCCCAUCAGGAGAUCGACCUGAAGAACCCCAAAGGCAACCGUAAAAACGCAGGCUUUACUCCCGAAGAGCGUGAGGGUUUCAGCCAGCUCCUGGCUGCUGGGUUUAUCGAUAGCUUCCGUGAGCUGUAUCCAGAGCAGACCCAUGCCUACACCUUCUGGACGUACAUGAUGAAUGCGCGGGCCAAGAACGUGGGCUGGCGCUUGGACUACUUCGUGCUCUCUACUGCUUUGCUCCCGAGCUUGUGUGACAGCAAGAUUCGUAACACAGCCAUGGGGAGUGACCACUGCCCCAUCACCCUUCAUCUGGCUUUAUAAACACAUGACCAUAUCUGUCAUUAUGGGUUCAGGUUCAUAUUCACUACUUGCUAAGUGAAGCAGUUGUUUCACCUUUUUCCGUGUAGAUUGAGGCAAACAAUUCAUUGAAAUAUUUUACAUAAUAAAAAGCCCAGACCUUUAAUUAGGCCAUUAGAGCUAAUAGGGGAACAGACAGUAGUUUCGAGUUUGUAGUUAUGUUGCAGAUAUUAUUCCUAAUGUGUUUUUUUUUUUUUUUUUUUUUUACUGUAUUUAGUUCUUAUAAAUCUCCAAAAGAAGCCCAGAGUAUGAUGGAGACCUUCAUCUUCUGACAUCUGUCUUGUAUCAUUCCAUGAAGCAGAUGUAAUGACUUAACAUUCUUGUCCAUGUUGUGAAAAGGAGAAAAAAUGUACUCCUGCUCAAAAACAAAGCAUAGUUCAUGUUCACCUGGAUCAAUUUUCACAAAAGUAAUGAGACUUUACCACCAAAUGUUGCAUUUCUGAACCUUUUAGAACCACACUUUUUAACCACCAGUGUUUCUAUAGCUGUAUGACUGAAUUAAUGACCAAAGCUGUGUGCAGUUGGCAGGUUUCCACACAAAUAACUUGGUUUCGCUGCAUUAAAUGCAAGGUGAUUGUAUUUGGGUUUCAGGUAUAAACUUCUUACAAUGUCUGAUUCCUUUACCUUCAAUUAGCAGUUGCUUUGUAAUCAUCUUCACUGUGCUUUCUACUCUUACUGCAAAACAGAUGAUUUUUUUUAUUCACUUCUGUUGAACAAAAAUAAAUUGCUGAACAAAAGGCA